GUAGGCGGGCGCGCUGUGACGCAAUCAAAACAACAUUCAGCCGUUUCUUCCUUGUAGACUGACUCCAGUUUUUAACUUAACGGCUGUACGUUUAUGUAUUUCUACGACGGUCCUUUGAUAAAUAACAUUAUUCUCUGGUCUCUCUCGUCUCAGUAAGCAUGGCGUCAGUGUUGUCACAGCUGAUGGGGGAGUGGAUGGAUGUUCAGGGACUCCUGAUAUUUCUGUGUGUGCUGCUGUUGGUGAAACACCUGCGAGAUGUUCAGUCCAAGAACAUGCCGCCAGGACCCUUUCCUCUGCCUGUCAUCGGAAACCUUAUAAAUUUAGGCUUUAGUGAUCCACUGGGCUCCUUUCAGAGGAUUGCUGAGAGGUAUGGAAAUGUGAGCACACUUUAUUUGGGAAGCAAUCCCUGCAUACUACUCACUGGAUACGAGACUUUCAAAGAGGCGUUUGUGGAACAGGCGGACAUCUUCACAGACCGGCCGUACUUCCCUAUAGUUGACAAGCUCAGUAAAGGGAAAGGUCUAGUUAUGUCGAGUGGCCACAUGUGGCGUCAGCAGAGGCGUUUUGCUCUGGCAACACUGAAAUACUUUGGUGUGGGGAAGAAAACGCUAGAAAACUCCAUCCUGCAAGAGUGCCGCUUUCUCUGUGACUCUGUACAGACUGAACAAGGUUUGCCCUUUGACCCUCAGCGUCUCGUGACCAAUGCCGUGGCUAAUAUAAUCAGCGGGUUGGUGUUUGGUCACAGGUUUGAGUAUGAUGACCAUCAGUUUCAUCUGAUGCAGAAGUAUGUGGAUGACUUCUUACAGCUUCCCAUCUCCAACUGGGGACGGUUAUAUAACCAGUUUCCAACCCUCAUGUCAUUGCUGCCAGGAAAGCACCAGACGGCAUUCGCCAGCAUGUCUAAACUUCAGCCCUUCAUGCAGGAGGAAUUCAGAAAACACAAGGAGGAGAGAGACCCGUCCAACCCCAGAGACUACAUUGACUGUUAUCUGGAUGAAAUCGAGAAGUGUAAGGACAGCGAGGCAGAGUUCACAGAGGAGAACCUGAUGCACUGUGUGGUUGAUCUGUUUGGAGCGGGAACAGAGACCACCUCUAACACACUCAGAUGGGCUUUACUCUUCAUGAUCAAGUAUCCAGAUGUGCAAGAGAAAGUCCAUUCUGAGAUCGAUCAGGUGAUUGGACAGACACGUCAACCACUAAUGGAUGACCGAACAAAUCUGCCGUACACCUACGCUGUGAUCCAUGAAAUUCAGAGGUUCGCCAACAUUAUUACCUUCACGCCUCCCAGAGUGGCCAACAAGGACACAAUGGUGGGAGGACAACUCAUCCCGAAGGGUGUGAUAGUGAUGCCCUUGCUAAAGACAAUCCUACAGGAUAAGAAUGAGUACAGCACUCCGUAUGAGUUCAACCCUGCACACUUUCUGGAUGAAAAUGGCAUGUUUUUGAAGAAAGACAAUUUCAUUCCUUUUUCAAUAGGUAAACGGAUGUGUCCAGGUGAACAGCUCGCUCGUAUGGAGCUCUUCCUCUUCUUUAUCUCGCUGAUGCAGCGUUUUACCUUCCUGAAUCUUGAAGGACAAAAGCUGAGUCUGAAAGGAUCUAUAAGCGUCUCAUCCGGUCCUGAACCCUUCCAGAUACGUGCUGUGCCUCGAUAGAUUUUAAUCAUGCAAAAAUCAGCUUCCUUAAAGCAGUUCUGUUCCUGAAUCAUGUUCAUUACAUGGGCUCUUCUCCCAAAGGAACCUACAGCUACAGCUCACAAACUUAAUUACUGAAGGGAUGUAAUGUGUUUUUGAUAAGAAAUUGAUCUGAUUUUAUUUCUUCACUGUUAUUUUCCUGCUCAUAUACUGUCUGGGCAUCAAAAUGCAGAGACAACAAACUUGAUACGAUAGUUCAGUACUCUACUGUUCAAAAGUUUGGGGUCUGUAAGAUUUUUGGUUGCACUUCCAAUAUAUUUACAGUAUACUUGCCAAGAAAGUACUGAAUAAUAUAAGGCAACUACAUGGGUUAAGGUUAGGUUCAGGAGUAUUACCUAGUUAUUACAGUUAUUGUAAUUACUACAAUAAGUAUAUUGUACAUGCGAAACAGGACUGUAAAAUGAUUUAUGCAUUUAUUUGAUCAUAUACAGUAAAAACCGUAAUAUUGUGAAAUAUUAUUACAAUUUAAAAUAACUGUUUUCUAUGUGAAAAAUAUAGUAAAAUGUAAUUUAUUCCUGAUCAAAGCUGAAUUUUCAGCAUCAUUACUCCAGUCUUCAAGUGGCAUUAUAAUCAUUAUAAUAUGAUGAUUUGCUGCUCAAGAAACAUUUCUGAUUAUUAUAAAUGUUGAAAACUGUUGUGCUGCUUCAUUUUUUUUUUUUUUUCAGAAUUCUUUUUCUUAAUAAAAAGUUCAAAAUAACAGCAUUAAUUUGAAAUAGAAAUCUUAGUAAAAUGUCUUUACUGUCAUAUUUGAUCAAUAAUUUGCUGAAUAAAAGUAUUAUUUAUUCCAAAAAUCUUACUGACCCCAAACUUUUGAAUGGUAGGCUACUUUACGUGGUGCUAUAUAAGCUAAUUUGCAUCCUUUAAGUAUUUCUGUAGAAAAUUAGGCAGACGUCAUUUAAGAGACAAAAGAAUUUGGAGUCAUCUGAAUUUUUUGCAGACAAACACUAAUAAAAUUUUCUGCAGAGCUCAUAUUAACAUAUUGACCAAUAUCUUCUGAAGGCUCAACCUGAGGGUACGUUUACACGACAACGAUGUACUAAAAACGGAAAAGUUUUUUCUUUGAUGACAACGUUAUCAAAACUAUCCCGUUCACACAGAUCCACGAAAAUGACUAAAAACGCUGUUUUACACAUGCCAGACGAGUAGUUGGCGAUGUCAGUUUGUAAAUAAAGACUACGUGCCUCUGCAAACGUGUUCUUUUACAGCGCACUCGCACCAAACGCGCAUGCAUAUCCACUUUAUUUUUACAGUUUACUACACUUUGAUAUUCUUCUUGGUAUUUCCUUAUAGCCGCUAAUAAAUCGGAAGUCUCGCACAUUCACAGAAAAAAUAAGGUGGAUAGAUUAAACGCAUAAUACGCAUGUGCAUGACGUCACUGUUUUCACAGAUUCGCGGUUUUUGCAGUUUACACGGAAAUGACAACGGUAGCGUUUUCAAAAACGUGCACUUUGAAACCCGUUUUCAAAAGUUUGCAAAUGAACGGCCAAAAUGCAUUAAAAGUUUUGUUGAAAACGGUGUCGUUGAAACAGCCCCUUUUUUCAACUAAAAACGGAAAACUUUUUAUGCGUUUCAUUUACACGAGAAGGGCGUUUUGGGUGCCGGAAAACGCAAACUUUUGAAAACGGGAUUCAAAGUGCAAGUAUUUGAAAACGGUCUCUGUGAAAACAACAAAAACGCGAAUAUGUGGAAACGUUCGCGUCAGGCACAUGCGCUUUACAUGUUCAGUCUAUUGUGUUUCAUCGCCAUCUAAUGGCCUGCCAGCAGAUAACAGCGUUUUUAGUCGUUUUCAUUGAUUCGUAUGAAUGGGGAUCGUUUUGACAAUGGUGUCAUUUGUACGCGGAAAACUCAAAGGAAAAACUUCUCUGUUUUAAGCAUAUCGUUGUCGUGUAAAUGUACCCUAAGCACAGAAGUACAUCAGAAGUACCUAAGUACAUCUCUAUAAAGAUGACAUAACUCAUGCAACAGGCAUUUAUUAGUAGUAGUAGUAGUAGUGUAUAUGCAAUUUUUUGCUGCCUAAUAUUUUUUGUCGAAACUGUGAUAUUUUCAGGAUUCUUUGAUGAAUAGAAAGUCCAAAAGAACAGCAUUUAUUUGAAAUAGAAAUCUUUUGUAACAUUAUAAAUGUCACUUUUGAUCAAUUUAAUGCAUCUUUGCUGAAUAAAAGUAUUAAUUUCUUAAAAUAAAAAGAAAAAUCUUAUUGACUCAUUGAGAAAAUGAUCUAGAUUAAUACAUAACAUGUGAAAGCUCGUGACAUAUUUGAGCAAAUAUGAAAUCUGGUCUGGUAUUGUAUCUCAAUAAAUAUGUCUCAUGAAUAUUAAUUAGGUGACAUGAUAGUCCAGAAAGGGCCUAGAAUCAUGAUCAUUAAUUUAGUUCAGCUGACUAGUAAUAGUCCAAUUUCCACCCCGUAACUUCCGACAAACCCUUGAAAAUCAAGUAAACUGCCAGUAAUCUAGGCCAUUAGCUCGGCAUAUGUCUCAGGUGAUGAACAAACACAAACACCAUAAAAAUUCAUCACUGGCAGCCGGACGAGGUCAAGGGUGUAAUAUAAUUUCUUUGAGCUAAUGGCUUUCUCAGAUACAGACCCCACAGUGAGACCUGAAUUACAAUUAAGUGUAUGUCCUGGCAUGGUACAUGAAAAUCUCUGAAAAUGUGGACUUGACUAUGAGUUUAAGAAGUGAUGGUGCAAAUUUCUGGUGUAAUGUUCUGUUUUGUAUGAUGAUCAUUGCACCUCAAGUUAAUAUAGCCUAAUAUUAAUAAGACAUUGUAAUCAUAUCAGUUUUAAACAUUAAGGGCCACAAUUACUAAACAGGGCAAAUGGGAGUGAAAAGUUCUUGGCGAUAAGAAUGAAGCUUUUCGAAACUUCGAAUCAAUUGAACCAGUUGCUUCGCAAAAUGAUUCACUGUUUCGUAUCGCUGGAAACGCCACACGCUGGUGACGCCUGCUGGUCAGAACGGUGUAAAUGCAGCAAAAAUUCAGCUCAAAUGUGCAUAAACAUCUUUUACAAAACCAUUGCAAAAAGGUUUAAUCUAUUAGACGCAGUAAACAAAUCAUCUAUAACAUUAAAUACGAAGUGUCUUUAUAAUAUGAGUUAUUUUAUUAAACUGUAGGGCUUGGAUAAUCAAUCCAAUAAGAGACUUGCAACUCUUCCUUUUUAUUAUACAAAUGUGUCCUUAAAUGUCUACAAAUUUAUAAAAUUAAUCCGAGAUCAUCGAGUAAAAAUGUGUGUGUGUGUGUGUGUGUGUGUGUGUGUGUGCGCGUGUGUGUGUGUCAUGGCAGGACAGUGUCGACUUUUUGUUCUUUUUGUUCUCUCUCUUUUACGCUUUCUCUCUCUCUUUAAACUUUUGUGACGACGUAGAAUGUUCAUUUGUGUACUGUUUGUCUUUAGUAAAUCCUGACAGAUCAUUGGAGAUAUGAAAUUUUAGGUUUAAAUUCAUAAUCAGAUCUUGCAGAAACAGUUGCAUGUAUAGAAAGUUCGCACUGCCCUCUUCAGGCCACAAUAUGCAAGUGCACGUUUCUGAUGGUCAAGCAUGAGUUCAUCGGUCCUCUUAUUUAAAUAAACACAUUUUCCAAAAUC